AUGUACGAUGAACAGGUCAGGCCAGGGACCGUCACGUCUGGAUGGGUACAUCGUCCAUUCCUCGACUCCCCCGACACGCUGCCAUCGGGAUCGCUGUGGGCCCUGGGAGCGUGUGUCGUGGGUGGGCCUCGCAAGGACAAAAAGGGCGAUGAGGCAGAAUCCGGAGUCCACGACGAGGCUGAAGUCCCGAAGCUCCUUUAA